AUGAAGCUAGUCUUCUUUUUAUUUCUUUUAAAUUUCUUUUCUUUAAUCACUUGUUUUAUAAAAAAAGAUCUCAAUCAAUUUCAUAAAAGAUGUCAAUUUGUUGAUGAUGGGUUUGUGACUAAAGAUUGUGGUUUGGCACCUACUUUGGAAGAGUUUCAUGAGUUUUUAAAAAAACAGGCGCUUCAAGUUGCUCAGUUUGCUAAAUCAAAUCCUUGUGGGUUUACGAUUUGUUCUAAAUUCAAGCGCGAUCUUGAAUUCAAUUAUCAACAACUUGAAUCUAGAUCUACUGAUUUAAUCUCUCGUCAAAGUUCUACUUCACUUUUGAGUGAUGAUGCGCCUGUGACCGCUUCAGCAGAUGGAACUUUAUCCUUGUAUGGAACUGUACCUAUUCCUGCUCCAAUGAAAGCUACUAAACGUGAUGUGAAAGAUGAGAUUCAAAGUCAAAAACACAAGCGAUCGGUUUUCAAGAGAAGUUUAGAUGAACACUUGAGCUCUCGAUCAAUUUUGAAAAGAAGCUUGCAUGAACCUAUUUCGUCUCGAUCUCUUUCGAAAAGAAACUCGAAUGAGAAACCUCCACAUCGAUCACUUUUGAAAAGAAGUGGUCUGGAACCGGUGUCUUCUUCACACUUUAUGACGCGUCAAGUUACUUCGACUUCUUUAUUGGCAGAUAAUAAACCAGUCACUGCUUCGGCUGAUGGAACAUUAUCAGUCUAUGGAACGGUUGAGAUAGCUCCGCCGGUCACCCCAGUGACUAAACGUGAAUUGAAAGUGUUGGAUAUGAAAGUCAAGGAGAAUCAUAUUCGAUCAUUUGUUUAUGAAGAAGGAAAUCAAAUGUCUUCUAUUGAGAUACGCCAAGAGACCACCAAGACUUUGAUGGCAGAUAACCAACCUGUAACUGGUUUACCGGAUGGAACUCUUGCAGUAUAUGGAACUGUACCGAUUACUCCUCCAGUGAAGAGGGACUUGGAUGAUGAACAUGAAUUGUUUGAACGUGAUGAUUUGAUUGAUGAGUUUUUGAAUGAAGCUAGAGUUGAGAAAAGAGAAAAUGAAAGUGAAAUCAUGCAUGAACGUCGAGCUAGAACCUCUAGAAAGAUGAAUGAUGAAACAGUUUUGGAACUUAUUAAAAGAAAACAAGACGUUUCUGAAGACGAAUUGAUUGUUAGAAACUUACCUAUGAUGAUUGGAAAAGAUGGAAAAAUGUAUCUUUUUGGAAGUCGUUUAUAA